UUUUCUGUUAGUGGCACCGAGGCUGGCCUGUCGAUAGCACGAGAGUUAUUUCAUCUAUCAGCACUUUUCGGCUCGGAUCGGUGAAGCCGAUAAGCUUGACACGCAUAGAAUUUGAUAUCAAGAAAAGCUGUUAAGUGAACGUUUUAUUGAUACAACUGCCGCGUCGUUCAUCGUGGAAGGAAGUUGUUUUCGACGAUACAGAUGUGUCUAAUAAAUUAAUUUAGACGGCAGUUAUUAACACCCGGUAUGAAUUUUCUCUAUUGCGUCAGACUAAUUUGUAAUAAAAAAAAAUGAUCUGUCCGUUUCGAAGAUAAUUCGUACAACGAUACAGAAAUAUUUGUUAGUAAAAUGUCAAUCUAAUUAUAAAUUUGAACUGUCGAUGACAAAACUUGGUGUGACGUGAUCGAACUAUUAAAUAUAAUUGGAUUUCAAUUAUCUUAUUGAAUUUUUCUUAAUUCACGAUUAAAUGAUAAACAAUUAUUGUGUGAUUAAGAACAAUCAGAUAGAAAAAAAUGUGAAUGUGUCUUUUUGAGGACAGACGUAUCUAGAGUGAAAUAUUUUACAUCUAUACCUCAACAUAUGAUCAAAAAUAAAUUAAUAACGCAACGAAUGGAAUUGUGACGUGCAAGAGGCGUCAAAAGGAUUUGUUUUGGACAUGCAUUGGAUGAAGAUAACAUGAAGUUUUCUUGCUUUCCAAAAAGCAUCAUUCCGGAAAAGCGUAGCAUUAAUGUUACCCUUCCGCCGGGCCACAAGGAAUCUAAUAAUUUUGUAGGCGUUAUACCGUAUAAUCCAAUAUUCGGCACCCAUACUCAGUAUUCUACGCCAAUUAUAAAUGGCAGCGGUCCACCAUCAUCCACAUCAUCCACACAGUCUACAAUAUCACCGUCGCCAUCUCAGGCCAAUAAUCUCACGCAUCAAGAACCAUCCAGAUUAGGAAAUGCAACUGUUAUCGAAAAUAAUGAACAGCACGUAAAUAAUCCAAGGGGUGGCGUCAUUGGAAGAACGCCGACGCCACCCUCGGCGCCUACACCCGUAUACGAAAAAGAUGCCAGGAGUGCGAGACAAAUUAAAAGAGCCAUUUUGGAGAAUGAAUUUCUAGGUAAUCUCGAAGAGAAUCAAGUUGAAGCACUCGUCUCUGCAAUGUAUCCCAAACAAAUUCUAGCUGAUACUCUAGUCAUCCGGGAAGGUGACAUAGGCUCACAUUUAUAUGUAUCCGCGGAGGGAGAGUUUGAAAUUUACGAAGGAAGUAAAUUUCAAAGACGCUUCGGGCCAGGAAUUGCAUUUGGAGAGCUCGCUCUAUUGUAUAAUACAAAAAGGCUUCGUUCUAUCAACGUAAAGACAAAUGGAAAAGUAUGGGUGUUGGACAGAUCAGUAUUUCUCACUAUAAUGAUGAGAACAGCCCAAGAACAAUUGGAAAGCAAUAUCCGUUUUCUUCAACGCGUUUCCGUUCUUCAAAAACUGCCCGAACCCAAGGAUCAUGUGCUCGCGAAAAUAUCUGAUCUUAUAAGAAUAGAAUUUUUUCCGGCUGGAGCAAAAAUAUUGCGGCAAGGCGAAAAAGGUGAGAAAUUUUAUAUGAUCAGUGGUGGUAACGUACGUAUCACUAAGGAUACCGAAUACGGAGGCGAAGAAGAACUCGUUGUUCUCGGCAAAGGAGAUUAUUUUGGUGAAUUGGCUCUCUAUGAUGACGGGGGUGAACGACGUGCCAACGCAAUUGCGCUUGCACCUGGUGUCGAAUGUCUGACAUUGGAUAGAACGUCAUUCUUAAACUACCUGGGCAGUCUGGACGAAAUUCGUAACAAGGACUGGUUAGCAGAGUAUGAGCAGCAGAAGCGUUCAUUAACUCCGAAAAAGUGGACUAAUGAAUAUGCAAAUUUGACCUUAGCCGAUCUCGAGACGAGAGGAACGUUAGGAGUUGGUGGAUUUGGUCGCGUCGAAUUAGUUACGCUUAGAUCUGAUUCGAACAAAAGUUUCGCUUUGAAGAAACUCAAAAAGAAGGUCAUGGUCGAGCAACAACAACAAGAGCAUGUGCUAAACGAAAAACACAUUAUGCAGGCGUGCGAUUCGCCAUUCAUAUGCAAGCUUUAUCAGACAUACAAGGAUAAUAAAUACGUCUAUUUCCUAAUGGAAGUAUGUCUCGGGGGAGAUGUAUGGACGACCCUGCAAAAGAGACGCUGCUUCGAUGACGCUACCGCACAAUUCAUGGUCGGUUGCGUAGUGGAAGCUCUCGAUCAUCUCCAUUCAUUAAAUAUUGUUUAUCGCGAUCUUAAACCCGAAAAUCUUAUGCUGGACAUGCGCGGUUACUUAAAGUUGGUGGACUUUGGCUUUAGUAAAAAAAUUGGUCCGGCCAAAUUAUGGACGUUUGCCGGCACACCUGAAUACGUCGCACCGGAAAUUAUUUUGAAUAAAGGGCACGAUAGGGCGGUGGAUUAUUGGGCCCUCGGUAUCUUAACGCACGAGCUUCUCAUCGGUAAACCGCCUUUCCGAGGAUCCGAUCAUAUGACUACUUAUAAUAAAAUCUUGAAAGGAAUUGAGGUGAUCGGUAUACCAAGCAUUGUUAAUAAAAACGCUAAUAAUCUCAUUAAGAAGCUACUUCGUUUAAGUCCCUCGGAACGAUUAGGUUAUCAACGAAACGGAAUACAAGAUAUUCGCGAUCACAAAUGGUUUUCCGGAUUCAACUGGCAAGCACUUCAAAGAUUAGCUUUACCAGCUCCCAUUGUACCAACGGUGCGACAUCAACUCGAUACACGGAAUUUCGAAAGAUAUCCACCAGAUCGUGACAUUCCACCAGAUGAGUUUUCCGGUUGGGAUAUCGAAUUUUAAGAAUAAAUGUUAUCUCGAUAUAAUAACUAAAUAAUAGAUAUAAAAAUAUAACACGAUCUUUUGUUAUAAAAAAAGU